GGGGUAGCAUUAUUGACCAAUGUAAAUGAGGAUCAAAUUACGAAAAUCGUUGUACAAAAAGAUGGUUACGUUAAACAAAGUGCCAUCUGUAAGGAUCAAACGUUAUCGUUACCAAAUGAUUUAGCGUAUACUUACAAAACUAAUCGAAUAUAUAUCUCGGGACAAAAUAUUACCGCGAAUACCGUCAUUGGUGAUGGGGGUUUAUGGGUUUGUGAUGGUAAAAGUGGUAAAUUGAUUGAGCACCUACCAUUUGGACGAACGAAUGGUAUAGAAGUGUCACCUGAUGAAAGCAACUUAUAUAUUUCGGAAACUUUAAAUAAAGAUUCCAAAGUGGUGUCCAAUAAGAUUUGGAAAUUUGACAUUGAUAAACGUACGGGAAAAGUAUCUAAUCAAGUACUUUUCGUGGAUUUUGAAAAAUUAGAUGGUACUCAAGCGAUUGAUAUUGAUGGCAUGAGGACCGACAUUGAUGGGAAUUUGUAUGUCACAAGACAUGAUGGAAGUCACGUCACCGUGCUUUGCCCUCUAGGAAAAAUUUUAUCCAAGAUUAAUUUAACCUCUAUUCAAAAACCUACCAAUUUGGAUUUUGGUGGUAAAGAUGGUAAAACUUUAUUCAUCGUUGGUGCUUGUAAAGAUAAUGGUACGAAAGGUUGUGUAGAAACCAUUCAAAAUGAUAUACCUGGCAGAGCGUUUACCGCUUUAAAAUCUCUAAAUGGGAAAUUUAAUUAA